AGAUUACAAGAUCGACACGAAUUUUCUUUUUCGCACCCACUGCCGGCGAUCAAGGAAGUGGAAUUUCCUGUUAUUGAUUCCAUUGACGCGAAAUUUCAAGCUCCAUAAAUUCAAGAGUGCGCAAUCUAAUGAUAAGCGACGACAUUUAGCGCCUUUUCUUUCUCUUUCCCGCUACCUUUUCGCGGAUUUUUCUCUGAUUUUGUUCUUGAGUUCACUCUCUUCUUCUUCUUCUUCGAUUUGCUAUACGAUACUUGUUGAACGACUAAAUCUGUUGAUUAUGGGAAACUGUUUAGCUUCUUCACCUUGUCAUUCUAGUUCCAUUCGUAGCCGGACGCUAUCUUCUACUCCAGGAACAUCGAGCAAUUACAGCAGAAACGUAGGGUUUUCAGGUAGUACCAGUAGCACCGCCGGCGUAAGUCAGUUUUCGGAGGCGGCGAGCGUGGAUGUGAGCGAGCCCUCUCUGAAUGGGCAGAUCCUUGACCAUCCAAACUUGAAGGAGUUCAGUUUCAGCGAGAUGAAACUCGCUACCAAAAACUUCAGACCUGAAUCCUUGCUCGGUCGGGGAGGGUUUGGGAAGGUGUAUAAGGGCUGUCUAGAUGAGAAAACACUGGCUCCUAGUAAGAGCAAUUCUGGAAUGAUGGUUGCCAUUAAGAAAUUAAAUCCAGAAAGUGUCCAAGGUUUUCAGGAGUGGCAGGCAGAAGUGAACUUUUUAGGACGACUGAAUCAUCCAAAUCUUGUGAAAUUAUUGGGAUUUUGCUGGGAGGAGAAAGACUUGCUUCUUGUAUAUGAAUUCUUGCCCAGGGGAAGCUUGGAAAACCAUCUCUUUGGAAGGCGUUCUUCCAUUGAUCCUCUUUCUUGGGAAAUAAGGAUCAAGAUCGCAAUUGGAGCAGCUAAGGGUUUGGCUUUCUUGCAUGCCUCUGAAAGAGAAGUUAUAUACAGAGAUUUUAAAGCAUCAAAUAUACUUCUAGAUAUGAGUUACAAUGCAAAAAUCUCAGACUUCGGCUUGGCAAGAUUGGGGCCUGCAGGUGAAGCAUCACACGUAACUACAAGAAUUAUGGGCACAUACGGUUAUGUCGCUCCCGAAUACAUGAAUACAGGUCAUUUGUACGUGAAGAGCGACGUUUAUGGGUUCGGCGUGGUGCUGCUAGAAAUUAUGGCGGGCUUGCGAGCACACGAUGCGACUAGGUGCAGCGAACAGCGCAAUCUAGUCGACUGGGCUAAGCCACUCUUGAUGAAGAGAAAAAAGAUCAAAAGUUUAAUGGAUAGAAGCAUAGACGGUCAAUAUCCAUUGAAAGCAGCCGUGCUCUUGGGAGAUCUUACUCUCAAAUGCCUGGAAACAGAUCCCAGAAAACGCCCCUCCAUGCAAGAAGUUCUCGAGACGUUGGAACAGAUCGAAAAACUGAAAGACAAACCGAAAGGGUCUAAGAUCAGCAACUCACAGUCUAAACAACUUCAUCAAAGACACGCAAAAAGUUCAUCAGCAAAAAGACAUCGAUAAACGAGGCCAUUCAAAGGAUUUUGGUUAUCGUUUUCCUUGCAACUGUCCGGGACGAGAUAUGAUAUUUCGGCUUGGGACGCCCAACAGUUAAGGAAAGGCAAAGGUGCCAAGUCGAGCCAAGUUUGUUAACACGUCGUGUAAAAUUGUAAGUAUUUCUGAUCGGGAUAGAAAUCUAAACAUUUUUUGUUCGUCUUUGCUCAUCGGUUACCUUCGGAAGGGAUGGCAGAAGACGAGGUAGGAAUAUAUUUGAUUGUAUGUAUUAUGAGUCUCUAAUGUUUUGGGCGU